AUGCCGCAGUUCAGCUUGGAACAGGUCAGGAGCAUCAUGGACCAAACUGAGAAGAUCCGCUCUCUGAGCAUCAUCGCCCACGUGGAUCAUGGCAAGACCACCCUGGCGGAUUCCUUGGUCUCUCGCGCCGGCAUCAUCUCCACGAAAGCGGCUGGGGACACCAAGUUCACCCACGGGCGCAAGGAUGAGCAGGAACGUGGCGUCACCAUCAAGAGUACCGGUGUGACCUUGUGCUUGGAGCACGACCAGGGAGAUGGCCAUGGACAGCAGCCCUACCUGGUGAAUCUCAUCGAUUCCCCUGGCCACGUGGAUUUCUCCUCCGAGGUGACGGCCGCCCUGCGCAUCACCGACGGCGCCAUCGUGGUGGUGGACUGCAUCGAGGGCUGCGCCGUGCAGACGGAGACGGUGCUGCGGCAAGCCUUGCAGGAACGGGUGAAGCCAUGCCUCUUCGUCAACAAAGUGGACCGCUGUAUCCUUGAGAUGCAAAUGGAGGCUGAAGACAUGUACCUGCGCUUCCGAAAUGCCAUUGAGAACGUGAAUGUAAUUAUAGCUACCUACAACGACUCCUCCAUGGGUGACCUCCAGGUACGCCCAGAGCUGGGCAAUGUGGCCUUCGGCAGCGGUCUUCAUGGCUGGGGCUUCAGCAUCGAGACCUUUGCCAAGAUCUUGUCUGCAAAGAGUGGCAUGGAAAAGUCCAAAAUGAUGGAAAAGCUGUGGGGCGAUUGGUUCUACAAUCCGAAGAAGAAGGUCUGGACGAAUGUGCAGCAACCCGAGGAUUGCGAAGAACCUUUGCAGAGAGGCUUCUGUCAGUACGUCAUGAACCCGAUCAAUCAGCUGAUCCGUGCCAUCAUGGACAAGGACUCUGAGAAGUAUGAGAAGAUGAUGGCACGCGUGGGCAUCGUCCUGAAAGGUGAAGACAAGAACCUCACAGGCAAAGCCCUCAUGAAACAUGUCAUGCAGAACUGGAUCAACGCCGGAGAAUCCUUGGUCGCCAUGGUGGUGAUGAAGUUGCCACCGCCAAAGUUGGCACAGCGCUACAGGGUGGAGAACCUCUAUGACGGUCCUAUGGAUGAUGAAGCAGCCAUGGGCAUCAGAAAUUGUGACCCAAGUGGCCCAUUGAUGAUGUAUGUGUCGAAGAUGGUGCCAGCUGCAGACAAGAGCCGCUUCUAUGCCUUCGGCCGCGUCUUCUCAGGCACGGUGGCCACUGGUCAAAAGGUGCGCAUCCAAGGGCCCCACUAUCGCCCGGGCAGUCGAGACGACCUGCACGUGCGCGCCAUCCAGCGCACCGUGCUGAUGAUGGGACGCGGCACCGAACUCAUCCAGGAAGUCUGGGACCAUCACCACUUUGGAAGAUGCCCACAACUUCACUGA